CACCAGGUAAAGCGGCUGAAGAAGAAGACGCUGGCAAACAUUUGAGCAACGUAGUUUCUGAUGGAUCUUCUCCCUUCAGACCCGCUGCUGCACAUAUUGUCCUUCCUGGACUUUAGAGAUUUGAUCCAUGUCAGUUUCACGAACAGACGACUUAAUGACUUGUCCAAACACAACCCUUUGUGGAGGUCACUGUGUUCCAAACAUUGGCUGCUCACAGACAAUGAACGUCUGCAGAAUGGAUGGUCCUGGUACGACCUCUUCAAGGAGUACUACUGUGACCUGGGCCGCUACAUCCAGUACUACCCUGCGCUGAAGAAAGCGUGGGAACAGCUGACCAGCUUCCUGCGGCAGAGAUGUCCACGCAUGAUCACGUCACUCAAAGAAGGUGCCUCAGAGGCAGAGCUCAGCAGCAUUGAGGCUCAGAUUGGCUGCCGCCUUCCUGGAGACUAUCGGUGCUCGUACCGCAUCCACAAUGGCCAGAAGCUGGUGAUUCCAGGGUUGAUGGGGAGCAUGUCGCUGUCCAAUCACUAUCGCUCCGAGGUGCUGCUGGACGUGGAGACUGCGGCGGGAGGUUUCCAGCAAAGGAAGGGGAUGAGAUGCUGCCUUCCACUCACCUUCUGCUUCCACACUGGCCUCAGCCAAUACAUGGCACUGGAGCACACUGAAGGGCGACACAUGUUUGAGAGCUUCUACCCCUGCCCUGUUUGUGAUCAAACGGCUCAGGAUCCCUCAGCCGUGGAUAUGUUCAUCACAGGUUCCUCCUUUUUGGAAUGGUUCACUACAUACGUAAACAAUGUGGUCACAGGAGAGUACCCGAUCAUACGAGACCAGAUCUUCAGGUAUGUGCAUGAUAAAAGCUGCGUGACGACCACCGGGGACAUCACCGUUUCUGUGUGGACUUCUUUCCUGCCCGAGCUUUCUUCUGUCCAUCCGCCGCACUUCUUCUUUACUUACCGCAUCAGAAUAGAGAUGUCGGGCAGCGCGCCGCCUGAGGCUGCCUGCCAGCUUGACAGUCGUUACUGGAAAAUAACCACCUCCGACGGCAACGUGGAGGAGGUCCAAGGGCCUGGCGUGGUCGGAGAGUUUCCAGUCAUGACACCGGGUAAAGUCCAUGAGUAUGCCAGCUGCACCACCUUCUCCACACCUUCAGAGUACAUGGAGGGACACUAUACCUUCCACAGACUCGACAACAAGGAAGUCUUCAAUGUUGCAAUCCCUCGCUUUCAAAUGGUGUGCCCGCCAUUCAGAGAGCCCGUGUCGCAGAUGAAGGAGCCGACUGAUUACACAUCAAGUUUCAACAAUCAUGACGACGACCGUGGCGGCGGCAAUUGUGGAGACGGAGACGAGGACAACUACAACAACCUGAGGGAACUGAACAUGGCGGUCUUGGAGGGAGAAUGGUGCCCGCGCCAUAUCUAAUGGACGUGCUGGGCACUGCCAAGGAAAGCAGGUGGACUGUCAUUCAGGUUCUUCUGGUGGUGGUUUGUGGAUUGUGGGAAAGCCGUAGGGCAGUGGUUCUCAAAUAGUGGGGCCCUAAGAGGCACCGGGGACUAUACUCAAUCUCUUCAAGGUUGGCAUGUCUGUUAGUGUCUGUAUUCGUGCUUGAAUGAUGCUGGUGCCAGCAUCUCGUACAGGGGUUUGUACAAAUAAGUUAUUACAUUUUUCCACCUUAUGUGCACAAAGUCAUGGCGCCCGACCUCGAGCUUUGUUAACCUCUUCAUUACAAGGUUUCACGCUGGCCCAAGAAAACAUCCAUCAACAAUUCUAUUUUUCUUUUUUAACACUUUGGCCCCCAGUACGGACGAUGGGACAAUCAUUGCUUUGUCUAGAAUCCUAUACAAGCUGGUAUGUCAGUCAUGUUUUUUUUUUUUUUUUUUGAAGAGAAUACCCACCAAUGCUUCAGUUUGAAAAUCUUUUUAUUGCAGGAAGUUAUUGUAAAAGAGGUCACAGAACAAAUGUCGCACUUGAAUACUUCCUUUUGGGGAAAAGCUGAAACAUAUUUCUCUCCUUUAGCUGUUUUUCAUGGCCAACCAGUGUAAGAUGUGAGGUUUGUUUCUUUCCCCUUUGAAUUUCUGUAGGAGAAAACAAAAGUCAUGGCUCACCACCACGUCACUUUAAUGUGAUUGGUGGCUUUGGUUUGUUUUUUGACUCAAUAAAUCUUAAUUACAAAGGUAAUAUUAUUUAAAAAAACAAAAAAGUAGUAGUGAAUGAAUGAAAAAAAAAAAGACAAGUUAUGACAUCAGUUCCUCUUCCCCCUCCGCAAUCAAUCUCCGCGCUCUUUUUCUGCCAGCUCUAGUCGCUUUCGUUUCCUCCUCACCCACUACCCCCCUCGCCUCCUCAUCCACCGCCAACCCUACCCCUUCCCCCUCCUCGCGGGCAUUGCAUCGGCUGCAGUGCCUCCGGAAGCCGCCCAGGACGUGCGACCGGAAGCAACAGAAGGGGCAGACGAAGCGUCCCGGGCGGUGAGCCACCCUGGUGUGCUGCUGGAGUUGGCUGGGCAGGAAGAAGGACGAUUUGCAGUCUUUGCAGCUGAAUGGCCGCUCAACGUCAUGACAACGAACCACGUGACUUAGGACAAAACCUGCAUGGCAAAGAGGAGCAGUAGUUCAGUUUGCAGCCUCUGCUUCCCUCGUGAACGUUUAACACAUUCCUUAUAAGUUACCUUUCAUUUUGGUCUUCCAUCCGCAGAUAAGGCAGACGUAGCGGUUGGCGGUGAAUUGUACCACUUUGGCCGUCAUAUCCAGUUCCUCCUUUAAGAGGUCAGCACUCAGCCCAACCUCCUCCUCCUCCUCGGUUCCGCCGGUCACAUGUUUGGGUGAAGAGUUGUCUGUGUCGGCGAAGGUGUCUUGUCGGAUCCUUUGGGUGACGUACACCCGAGGGAUGCCAUGUUUCCGCACCACGUGGUUGAUGGCUACGGCUUUCAGCUUAUUCUUCCAGCUGCAGAUCAGGCAGCGGUACAGGCCAUCUGAGAAGAGGAGCACGGUUUUAUCUGCUUCGCUGUCCGGUUUGAUUGACUCCAUCCUGUGAGAGGCACCAUCUUCACCCUUUCCCUCAGCUUCCUCCUCCCCGUCCACACUGUUCUUCACCAGAGGAGAUGCCUCUUCUUCCUCCUCCUCAGCUUCUUUCACUUCCUCGUCCCCCUUCUCACUCCCAUUAUCCUCCCCAUCAGCGCCCCCCCCUACCGUCUCAUCCACACAGUGUUGGGAGAUGAUGUGUUGGUACAAUUUGCUGAAGUCUCUGCUGGUGUAAAAGCACUCUGCACAGUGGAAGAGCUGGGCGCCACUCUGAUAAAUCAGGAUGAUCCCCAGGCGACCCAUCGCGACGUCAUCCAGGCAGGUGGGGUGGGUGGUAGCCAUGUGGGACAGCUGGUGGGCAUGGCUUUUGGAGAAGUGACCACAAAAGGCACACUGGAGGUGUGCAGCGACAAGACCACCAGCUUCCCCCCGAGUCUGCACGGCGUCGCUGCCAAAAGUGAUGCAAAAUGUUAAUAGGUCAUCGCAAUGUAUGUAAAUUUCAGCUUUAUACAACAUGUAGAUGGCAAACUAACAAAUCUUUCACAUUUCAGCUUGUUUCUUAUUGGCGGAUCUAAAUAAAUGUGAGAUGUUUUUAA